AUGCAGACUGUGUGUCAAUCUCACCCAGAGAAGUGCAUUAUAUUGCAACGAAUGAGAUCUUCUCCAUCCGAUAUGAUUGGAUAUUUCUCCAAGGUCACUAUUUACUAUGAGGAUCUUAACUUUGAAGAGCUAGUAGAAUCGCCUGCAUCUACCUUUGCAGAGUUUGCAUCCAACAUAGGCGGCGCUAUUGGUCUGUGGAUCGGUUUGUCUGUGUUGGCAAUGUUUGAAGUUGUGCAGUUGAUGAUCGAACUUUGCGCUUACGGCUUCUAUCUGUUGUGUGGCAAAAAGCGGAAAGUCAAAGACCAAUUUGUGCGUGACCAUGAGAGAGAAAACAAAAUAGACAUUGGAGAAAAAUGACCAUCGACCUGCAGGGCUUAGUCAACAUACUCAUAACUACUAACCGAUCUUUACUGAAGCAAUAUCUACUUACAAUUGUUCAAGUUGGACUUGUGGGUUAACACUGAAAUUGCAAUGUUAUGUACAUUACAUAUACAUUAUA